GCUAGCUCCACCGCCACCCCAAACCUGCCGUACUGCAAACGCAGACGCAGAAGGAGGAAAACGCAAGCAAUAAGAUAAGUUUGGUGCAGAAGACUCCGAGGUUUGCUCUGGAGCUCGACGGUCUCCACUGCUUCGAGACAAUAGUCCGUUCUUGAUUUUGAUUCGUAUUGGUCCGUCUUGUAGCUUGACCUCGAGAUCAAGAAACAAAUUUUCUGAGAUUGUUAUUUUUAUUGGAUUUAUUCAUUAUAUCAUGUGUUUGUGAAUACAUUUUGUAAUAAUAUCGAUUGAUUAUGUAUAAUUUAUUUUAUAUAUUUCUUAUCAAUUUAGUUAAAGUCGAACCAGAAGUAACAUAACAAAUUUCAAUAUUGGUAUUCUUGAGUUUGCUCAUAGCCUCGAACUUUAGAUUCUUGGAAAUACAUCAUCAGAUUAGUCGUAUUCUUAAAAUCGAAUCCAAAUUAAAACAUUAGAUUGUUUCAAAAAAAAAAACAACUAAAAUAUUAGAUUAAACAGAACUAAAGAACAUAUUACAUAUGGAUUGAAACAAAACCAAAAGCGAGAUUAGGUGUACCCUACUUGAUAAAGUGUAGUUUCAUGGUUAAUUAAUUUUUUUUUUUUUGAACUGAUUCUUUAACAGAGUAAAACAAAAGAGAAUAUUGUUCCCCGACGUCCUAAGAAACAUCAUUGUAAUUGAAGAACAGGAUAGCGAGGGGAGUUUUACAAAAAAAAAAAAAAGGAUAGCGAGGGGAACUAAAUUUAAUGGUUAAUUAAUUUUUAUAUAAGAUAAUUUAAUAAAUUGGCAUCCAAGCAAAUGGAACAAAGAUGAUAAGUUGAUAACUAUUCCCUUGCAUUCCAAGUGUAUGGUUUAGGAUGUGUUCUCUAUUCCCUUCCCUAGUUUAGAAUGUGUUUUCUAUUCCCUUGCCUAAUUUAACAUUACGUAGUCCGGAUAAAGAACACGAUAUAUUCAACAUAACGAUAUUGGACAUUUGUGCAUAUAUAGAUACAAACAAAUUAACUUUGUAAACAAUAUAAAUAGAACUGCAACACGCAAAAGUGUUAUUAGUCGCACAAAUAAAAUUCAACCUUGCGGAGGGGUUGGCGUAUGUAUUAAAACAAUAUCCGUUUAUAUACUAAAACAACCAUCCAGAAAAGUUCACAAUACACAUAUACCAUUUCUAACGAUGUCUUACAAACAUGUAUCUAGCUAGCUAAAGAACCAGAUAUAUUCAACUUUUGUAGUUGAAAUUUGACCAUGUACUGGUUUAUAUGACUUUGUUUAUGUUUGACUCGGCUGGCUCUACUACAACUUUCCAAAAGUCAAUAAUAGUACUCCAAGAAAUACUUUUCAUUGAACUGCGAUUAAAAGUCAAUGAAUUCUAUAAACAGUUGAGGCUGUCUAAACUCUCAUGUCACCAAACACAUAGAAUUGGGAGUGGUGUGCACUAUAAAAUCAGUUAUCCGAUCCACGAGGUUACUAAACCAUUAUUGCGAGGUUCACAGGCUGUUGAUUUCCAUUAGUUCUUGUUAACUAGCUAUAUUAGCAUCCGUAUUUAGUGAAGAUUUAUAUGUACACAUAAUCUGAAGACGUUUCCACAAUAGUAAGGAAAACAUCUCCUCAUGUCCAUAAGAAAAACUCUAUACAGUAUUAGUUAUUCACCAAAAAAGUAAUAAAUUUUGGUUGACAGGAUUCCUGCUCCCGACUCUGGAGGGAAAUCAAGUUGGAAUGGAAAAUUGGAAAUAGUUAUAAACUGGUGAGCAUUGAAAAAGAGCGUUAUUGGUCAAACUACAUUCUCCAACUAAUAAUGUUUACCACAAAAUAGUGAAGUAAGACUUGCCAAAGAAAAUGUUCGUUUUUCAUUUGAUAACGGAAUUUAACCGUAAGACUCAGCUUUUGUAAAAUGUCAAUGUAUUGAAUUGUUUUUAAAUAACAGGAUAUCGGAUCGGUCAAUGUCUUCUAAAGCAUGUUAAUUUAUAUUUUUGUUAGUUGGGUCUAAAUAAGUUGGCUAACCUUGCCUUUAUCACCCAAAUAUUUUUUGAGAUAAAAAUUUUUCUUCAAACCAAACAAAUGACCUAAUUCUGUUUUUGUUUUUGGCUACCGGAAUACCUAAUCAACACCAAAAAGACAACUAAAUAUUAGUUUCGAAAUGGAACCAAACAUUAACUACUAUGUAGAUCAUAGUUUUCAUGAACCAGGUCCAGGUCUAUCUAACCCAAAAACACAAGAAUAAUUAACAUAAAGCACAAACAUGUUCCAUCCUAUAAUAAGAUUCAUGGGUGACCAUUACUUUUUUCAUACCAAAAAAAGUAAUUGGAUUUGAUAAAUUAAAUUCAAGGGAGAAUUGGUGAAAUGACCAAAACAGAAAACGAAAUUAAAAUUUUAUAGAGAAGGUAGAGAUAGACAGGAGAAAAAAAAGAGAGAAAAUAAUGGAAAAAAAAUGGAAAUCUUCAACUUCGCUUUCCUAAUCCAACACGGCCUAGUUUCGUCGCGUCUUUAUAAACAUUCUUUUAUAUAAAAGCAAAACCAAAGCUUAAGUUUAGUCAUAAUCUCUCCUAAUUCUUGAGAUAAUGAAUUCGAUGUUCAGUGCUUUCGACGCCAUGUGCGCUGAGAUGAUGGGCAAGAAAGUCACCGCUGCGUCUUACAUCUGCAACCGCUCUGAAAUCAACGCCGCUUCUUCCGGCGGCGGCGGUCAAACCGUGGCUUCGCUGAAGAAAGACGAAAAAGCUACAAACUUGGCGGCGGCAGCGAAGCAACCGAGGUUUGCUCUUGAGCUCGACGGGCUUCAAUUCUUCGAAACCAUUGUUCGUUCUUGAUUCCAACCCAAAUAUUACAUAUCUUUUUCUGAGUCUUUCUUGUUUUCUUCUUCUUUCCGAAUGUAAAUACAAUUUUUUUUUGGAAAAAUAUAAUCAAACACUUUUGCAGUUU